AUCCCGGUGAGGUCACGGCUCAGGGGUGGGCAGGGCGGAGGUGCCGGGGCGCGUGUGUCGCCGCUUAGGAUUACUUCGCCGCCGGUGCCAGGAAUUAGAGCGGCGACGGAGGGGGUGCCAGCCGGAGGUCAGUUCGUGCCAGGCUGGCACCAAGAGCAGAUUGGAACCGAGUGCGGCCAGAAUUUCGUGGGGAUAUUGGGGUUGGUGUGGUUGGUGCGGGUCCUUAUCUCGCCCGUUUGGUGGUGUAUAUUGUGUCUUAUAUGCAGCACGUGUUGUGUGCAAGCAAGUGAUUGGGUGCGUGGCUCCGAAGCGCAUGAGCACAGACAAAGCUCUAGAUGGGCUCGAGUGUGACUCACCAAUCUUCGGUGGUUGAUAGAAAGGCAUUACCUAGCGGCGCCCGAGUGAGCCCUAGCUAGUUCGAGAGUGCGAGUCCUAGGGUGCAGGUGUUGGCUGGCAGAGGCAGUGACAGAGCACCUGGCGACGGCCACCCAUCUGGCGGUGACGUCGUGCCAGCUACGGUGCCCUAGCGUGCCAGGGAGGUGCUGCCCGUAGCCACAGCCGCGGAGGGGCCUCGGAAACAGGACGCCCCGGCCCGGAUAACCCUCGCACGCCCCUCCGCCUCCGCAGCACCUGGAGCCUCCCACCGGCGGCCCUCUUACAGGUGUCAUGUGACUCGGCGGUGUUGUCGUCGCGCGGGUCGCCAGGUACGCAGUGGGGGCGAGGGACGGAAUUGACAAGGAGCGACCGCCGCUACUUAGGCAUGAGCUACGCGGUGGGCAAGAGGCGCGCGGGCGCCAGCAGCGUAGGGCCGGAGCAGCUCAGGCGAGGCGACGAGGCGACGUGGCCCUCGGCAGAGAGUGCUGCCCGCAGGCCUCAGACUGGGGCCCCGGAGCAGCACGCGGGGGCGGCGUCGCCCCUCCGAGACGCCACGCCGCGCCGCAACUGCCAAGAAAUGGAGUCGGAGGGAGAAAUUCCUUUCAUAGACGAUGAUGACGAUGGUGGCGAUGGCGAUGCUUGUGAUGGUGGCGGGGGCAGGGAUAAGGAACAGGGGGUGGACGGGACGCGUGAUGGGAACGCAGGGGAAGUGAGCAUCACCCUCCGGAACAAAGUGACGAGCAGCUCGAAGCAGAAGCGGAGGGCCGAGUUCAUCCUCUCCGCCCCGCCCAGCCCUUCGUCGCCCCUCCUGUGCCCGUUCUCCUUCUCGCCCUCCGCCGCCACGCCAGCCGCCGCCCCCCCUCGCGCCUGCACUUCGCCAGCCCAGAUGUGCAGCGCCCCCGCCGUCCCCGCCGCGUCGGCCUCGUCCACCAGCAACUCCGCCUCCACGCCCGCCUCCUCCUCCAUCGCCGGCAGGUUGGUGUCUGCCAGAGCCAAGGCGGAGGCCAAGGAGCUGGUCAUCUUCAGGAGGAAGCGAGGAAGGCGGGCGAAGGACAGCAAGAACGCUAACAGGUGCGGGUGGGUGGCCCAGGACGCGGCCAUUGAAGAGGAGGCGAAGGGGGCGGCGUCGAUUGAGGAGGAAGAGGAAACGGACUCGCACGGAGAACCAGCGACCAGCUCAACAAACACCGCAAGCAGCACAGGCAGUACCAAAAGUACCACGAGCACCGAAGGAACCGUGGGCAUUGCGAGUACCACGAGUAGCGGAGGUACCACGGGCGUUCCAAGUACCACGAGCCCGAGUA